AUGGCCCGCAAAGCAGCGACGCCAACCUCUCCUCCCCCUCUCGCCUGGUCUUCAACAUUUCACCUUUCCCCAUCACCUCCCCCGCCAUUCCUAACUGGUGACAAGCUGCUGUUACCACAAGCUGCCCUUGAAAGCUUACUCGAAGCAGCUUCACAAUCUGCAGCUAACCAUCUACAAUCCACUACCACAACAACAUCCCAUGAUCCAGCCUCGUGGGAUUACGUAUCCCCCUAUGAAACUCUAUCCAGACGGAAUGAGGCUCGUCAGCAGCUACCCCACCCUCUUACUUUCCGCGUUACGAAUCUCAUAACCGGAAGGGUCGCAUACGCGGGUAUUCGAGAGUUCUCGGCAGAGGAAGGACAAGUUGUUCUUAGCAACUUUUUGCGGGAAGGACUCGCACUACUCAAUCUUGGGCAGCAGGAACAGCAAGAGCAACAUGGAGAUGAUGGGUUACUGGAAGCUGGGAUUAAAGUUGAAGCUGUGAAUGUUCCAAAGGGAACCUUUGCUCGACUGCGCCCCCUGGAUGCCGGAUAUGAAGAGGACUGGAAACCAAUCUUGGAAAACCAUUUACAAAAGAACUUCACAACAUUGGCCCUUAAUAACAUUUUGGCCAUACCACGUCUAUCACAUCAACCCGGAAAGGACUUCAAAUUUCUAAUAGAUCAGUUGAAACCCGAGGGGACAGAAGCAAUCUGUAUCGUUGAUACAGACUUAGAAGUCGAUAUCGAACCUCUAAAUGAAGAGCAAGCAAAGGAAUCACUACGUCAACGGGAGCUGCGCAAGAAAGCGGAGUCAAGCUCCGGUGGCCAGAUAAAUAUCGACGGUCCAAAGGAAGGAACAAUAUCAGAUGGUAAUUUCGUCCGUUUUAACUUGAGAACAUGGGAUCGUUCGAAGCCGAUAUCAAUCAGCGUACCGGAGGAGAAUGUCGACGUCCUGGUUUCAACCGACAUGAUCCAAGGGUACCCGAAGCCCGAGGAGUGGACAUGGGCCAGAUUUGAUGGCUCGAAGCCCAUAGUAAUUCUCGCGGAUGACCCCGUUGUUACCUCUGCAAAGGAGGUCAGGAUAUCGCUCCAAGUCUACGAACAAACCCUCAUCGACCCAAACUCUAAAAAGCCAAUGCCUUCUCCAACAAACUUUCUACUUUCUGUGACACAAACGACCCACGAAACUGACGACGAAGAUGAAGAAAUGGCGGACAUAGCCCCGGAUAAUGAAAUAUGUUCCAACUGCAAGCGCUCAAUCCCCAAACGUUCUAUGAUGCUCCAUCAAAAUUUCUGCUUCCGUAAUAACAUCCUCUGUCCGCACGGCUGCGGUCAAGUCUUCAAAAGAGGCACAGAAUCGGAUCAUUGGCAUUGCACAGAAUGCAAGGCAUAUGGUCUCAACACCCAAGACCGUAAUACCUACAACAAACACAUGGAUAUCGCCCACACAUCUCGGAGAUGUGCAUCCUGCGACUAUAGCGCCGGCUCUCUUUCCGAACUAGCAACCCACAAAACUACGACCUGCCCCAACAAGCUCAUCAUCUGUCGUUUCUGCCAUCUUGUCGUCCCUCAGGAGGAGGAUACAAACUUUACAGCCGCAAUAACAGGUCUAGCACCCCACGAAACUAGCUGUGGGGGUAGAACCACGAACUGUCAUAUCUGUGACCGAAUAGUACAGCUCAAAAAUAUGGAGGUACACUUGAAAAAUCACGACCUUGAACGAAAAUCGCAGGUAUUACCUAGGGUUUGUAGGAAUGUGAAUUGUGCAAGGACUACCGCAGACAAUCAGCUAGGAUUGUGCUCCGUGUGUUUUGGGCCACUAUACUCAUCGGCCUACGAUCCAACCGGCCAAGCACUAGCGAGACGGGUGGAGUUAAGGUAUCUAACCCAAUUAUUAAAGGGUUGUGGGAAGGCUUGGUGUACGAACGAGAUGUGCAAAACUGGUAGGACGAAUAGGAAAUCACCAUUGCCGAAUAUACCGUCAAAGGAAGCCACCGCUCUAGUGAAGCCGCUAGUAACAAAGGAAGGGUUACAAGGAGGAUAUACUUCCCAUCCACUACACUUCUGCGUCGAUGAAACGAUCUCGAAGAGAAAGAGUUUAGCAGAGAUGUUGAGUUUGACGGAUGAUUCACAGGGGAGGAGCGGAUGGGCGAUUGAAUGGUGCGUCAAAGCGGUGGAAGUGGUAGCUCUUGAGGCUACGGAUGAAUUAGAUACGAUGAAUAAAGCGAGGGAGUGGUUGGAGAAAUUUGCUGUGAAGAGGGACGAGUAA